AAAGUCUUCGUUAAGGCAAUUAACACAGAAAGAGCUUAGAAGAUGAGAAUUAGCAAUAAAUUCACACACACACACACACACAAAAAAGUUACAAACAUUUUGUUCACAAGAACUAGACCUUACUCAGCUUAAUCAAUAUUUUUCAUUAUGGCAGGGGGGUCACAAGAAUCUCAUUCUCACAUUCAACUUAGCACUACUUAUGAUGUUUUCUUGAGCUUUAGAGGUGAAGAUACUCGAAAAACGUUCACGAAUAAUCUGUAUACAAGGCUGUGUCAGUUUGGAGUGAACACAUUUAGGGACGAUGAUGAGCUUAGAAGAGGCAGGGAAAUUGCAUCUGAGCUUCUCAAAGCAAUUCAAGAAUCAAGAAUUUCCAUUAUUAUUUUCUCAGAAAACUAUGCUUCUUCAAGAUGGUGUCUUGAUGAGUUGGUUAAAAUAGUUGAAUGUAAGGAAAAAACGAAGCAGUUGGUGUUUCCUGUUUUUUAUUAUGUUGAUCCUAGUGAAGUUAGGGAACAAACUGGGAAUUUUGGGAAAGAAUUGGAAAGACAUGAAGAACGUUUUGGUUUGGAGAAGGUAGAGACCUGGAGAAGUGCACUGAGUGAAGCUUAUCAGGAUGGCAUUUGGAAAAUACUUCAAUUGAUCAAGGAUAUAAAAAUACCUAUGACUUAUUUUAGACCGUGUGAAUCAAGAUUUAUUCAGAAAAUUAUUGAGGUGAUCUUAUGGGAAUUGAAUCGCAAAUAUCUCGAUGUUGCCAAGUACCCGAUUGGAAUUGAUUCUCGAGUUAAACAUUUAUAUUCUUUAUUAUUCAAAAGGCAAGAUGAUGUUAGCUUCAUUGGGAUCUAUGGAGCUGGAGGAAUAGGCAAAACAACUAUUGCUAAAGCAAUCUUCAACCAGAUUUUUCAGCAAUUUGAAGGUUGUUGCUUUCUAGCUAAUGUUAGAGCAGAAGCUUCAAAGAAACAUGAUGGUCUAGUAACCUUACAAGAGGAGCUUCUUUGUGAAACUCUUGGAAGUACUAAUUUUAUAGUUGACAAUGUGAAUAGUGGAGUUGAUCUGAUCAAAGAGAGACUUGGUUCAAAGAAAGUUCUCAUUGUCCUUGACGAUGUUGAUCAUAAAAGCCAAUUAGAACCAUUAGCGGGAGCUCGAGAUUGGUUUGGAUCGGGUAGUCAAGUUAUUAUAACUACUAGGGAUGAAAUUUUGCUGAAUACCAUGGAAGUGGAUGAGAAAUACAAGGCCACAGAGUUGAACAAUGAUGAGUCUUUGCACCUCUUUAGUUGGCAUGCCUUUGAAAAUCCAGUCCCAUCGAGAGAUUACAGAGAGAUUUCCAAAGAUAUUGUAGCUUAUAUAGGAGGCCUUCCCUCAGCACUUAUAGCUAUGGGUUCUUCAUUAUUUGGUAAACACAAACCAGUUUGGAGAAGUACUUUUGACAAAUUAAAGAGGUUUCCCCGUGAUGAGUAUUGGAGAAAGUUGAGAUAAGUACCAAUUAGCUUUGUGAUUCUUGAAGGUUACAAUUCUUGAAGACCUCAAGUCCCUUCUGCUCAGUUGGAACUGCAAUUUCUUGAUUGAUACUGCUAACUGUGAAUGAAUUCAUGAGAUUGAAUACAUGGGAAGCCCAACACAUUCUUACUAGAGAAACAAUGGAUGAGCCUAGCUAGCACAAAGAUUGUCUUUUGAAGAAAAUGUAAUGUUCUCAGGUGACAAGGAAAGAAGUUUCUUUUGUAUUCAUCCUUCCACUAUCUAUUUUUGAUAAAAUUGUACAUCCAUAUAGAUGUUUUACUACAAAGUCAAUGAUGCCUAACAGACCAUGUCAUUUUUGUUUGCUAUGCCU